AUGAAUGUUCCUGACUCGAGCCGGCCUACGACGCCAGAAACCCCCUUAACAAGCAGCCUGUACCAUGCGACGAGCACAAUUGACGACCUAACGGCGGCGUUGGCCAAUUUUUCUCGUGUACCUUCGCCGGAUCCAGUAGUUUCACUCUCUUGCUGCUGUGGGAAGGAUGAUUGCGAGAAUUUGAAGGCAUGGCUUGAGCUGAAGUCACGGCUGGGAAGUCGGUUGGUGUUGAGUGCUGAGGUUGGACAAGCACUAUUACAACGACACGCUGCUUAUGUUCGACAGAGCGAGCGUGGACUUCAGAGCAGCAAUGGUCAAUACAUGCCAACAGUCGAGCGGCUGACCUCCCAGGUCACCAACGACGAACUCCAAAACGAACUUGAGGAACUCUCUCGAGAGAAAGCGCAACUAGAGAAGAAACUGAAUCAGGCUCUUGUUAACAAUGAAGUUACCGAAGUUUCCAACAAAACUAUUCUGCAAGAACUUCAAGAAGCCAGAGAAAUGAUUUCUCGCUUGACUGCCCACCAUGCACGGUCUGUGGGGUGGGAUACUCGUCUUUCAGCAGCGCUGAAGGAAAGGGACGACAUGCAGCAAGAGAGGGAUGGAGAAACGCAUCGGGCCCGUCUAGCAGAAUCUCGUUUUGCUGCUUUGAAGGAAAAAACAGCUAAACUCCAAAGUGAGGUUCGACGCCUUCAGGAGAGCUUGGAAGAGAAACGACAUAGUCGCCUGGAACUUUCCGAAACCAUUCUGCAGGAAGCAAAAUCACGACUUGACUCUUUCCGUAAUUCACAUCUGGGUGUGACCGCCAAAGUUGAGGAAGAACAACUCACGACAGUGCUGGAAUCUCUAGUGCAAGACAACGAAACGCUUAAGCGGGACAAUGCCGAACUGCAACAUCUAUUAACCGAAUCAAGGGAGGAUUUGCACGCUCUGCAAGAAGAGUUAGAUGAACAGCGAGCUACCGCCUCGCCUUUGCCACGUUCUGGAGCCAAUACCCCACAUUCUAGGCAUUUCCAUUCUGGAAGUGUUCCAUCAAUCUCACUGAAAGAUUUUAUUUCAACACCUAGUAAAGGCCAUCGGAAUACCAGCACUGAAGGUCGCUCUCGUCGACGUUCGGCUCCACAAAAUAUCGACGUGCGUCGGCAUUAUAUUCCCUCUCAAGAACCCUUAACACCCGAAACUACUCGCUCUCCGGCCUCAUUCACAGAAUCUCUCGCCCCAGGAGAUAAAUGGAACUCCUUUGGACGCAUUUCUCCCUCCAAGUCACCUAUCAGCUAUGAAAUACAAGAUGAUGGAGGCUACGACGAGCAUGAGAGGUCCAACGCACGUAAACCGCUGUUGCUGCUGACGCGGUCGCGAGCGACGCAAACAGACCCUCUGUUGGAUUCGGCGUUGUCUCCUUCUCCUCUUCCUUUACAUUUUUCAUCACUGUCUCCGCACGAACAACAGUCAGAAACAUCUUCAUUUUCAGAAUCUCAAUCGCAGUCUUCGCACGUGUCGGCUAUCUUGGAGAGAGUUACGAAUCUGUUCAAUCGACUCAGUCAGACCGAUGCGUUGACCCUCACCAAUCGUCUAAAACGACAACACCUGAAAGGAGCCGACGUUGGACACCUUUCUCGCAGUACAGUCUCAAACAUUGUCGCUGAUGCCACUGGCCUUCGCUCUCAAUUCCGGAUGCUGUUGGAGGAUGAGAAGACGGUGACGACGUGUAAUCGAAAAGACCUGCGCGUGUUGUUUAAGCUUGUGAAGGACAUAUUCACGGAGAUGGGUCAUAUGCGUGUAACCUUGAAUGAUGUAGUGCUUGACCCGUCUUCAGCACCACGCAUUAGUGAGCUGGCACUGAACCCUGGAAAAGUGGAGGCUGAGAGAAGGGAAAGAGAAAAAGAGAGAGAUGCGGCAACGCAAGGUGGUGUCACUGCAUGGAUGGCACCUAUUUCAAAACUUUUCUCACCAACUGGACGCGAAACUUUUGCUUCUCCCAACCGAAAUGGGCUGGCGCGUUCAACGAGCUCUGGAGCCUCGAAUAGCACUGUCCGCCCUCCCAGGUUUGUUCCGAAGCUGGGACCGGCUCUUGCAGCAUCUGCAACGACUGUCAACGUCGAAUUCUCAGGGUCUGGUGUAGGACGAGCCGUAACCAGCACAUUUUCUGCUCAGCCAAUACCAGCUACCGAAUCAUCGGCGGAUACUUCUAUGUCGACACAAGGAACAUCGUCUGGUCUGAUGGACAUUUUCGCCGGAGCACCUCGGAAUGUUGAAUUAGAUCCGUGGGUGGUGGUACCUUCAACAUCGAACCCGAACCAAACCCUUCGAAAGGCUCCGUCAUUUAUGAAUUCUUCAGAUUUAUCCACUGCAACCAUUGGAAGAUCAAAUGGAAGAAAGAAUGCCAACAGGCUUUCGCGCAAUGUUGAUGCUGUGAUAGAUGUGGAAAGACCGCAGGACAUUGACGAAGAGCCUGAUUACCUUCCUCCACUACUCCAGCGGACACUGCGCAGGCGUGGCCUGUCCGACUCUUCAAUACAUUCCACCUUUACCAAUCAUGGAGACGAUCCCAAAUCUCCUCAUUUGCCGCCUUCACCGCAACGCCAGGCUUUUGUCUUCCCCAAUACGUCUGCCAGGUUACCAGCCUGGCCUGAUCGUGCCUCGAUGUUCCAGGUUCUUAGCCGUACCGUUCAGAACUUACGAGCCUCUGCUACGACUUCUGGUUCAGCAGUGCCUUCUUCGCCUCCACCACCUCCACGUGCCAAUGAAACUGGCGUAAAUGAGGAAUCUUCAACAAGUACCCUGCCAUCUGGGCAAACACGGAAUCGCCUAGCGGAGGAAGGAGUGCCCAAUCAGCCUUCGACACCGAGAAAAGUCAGCCAGAUGAGGUCAGCCCUUUCGAUAACUACGCCAACCAGGGGAGGAACCAUGCUUCCCAACUUGUCCUCUUGGGUGGCAUCGAGUGCUGUUUUCGACCCAGUGCCCAGCGCUGAUCCCUUCGUCGCCAGCAGCCAUCGUGACGAAUCCUUUAUGCGCGGACGGACUGAAACUGACGAGACACAUACGCGAGAUUACUAUUGA